GCUAGUGUACGUAGCUGGAAGGUAAUUAAAAAGAGGUUAGAAACCUGCUUGCUGUUAGAGUGAACAAUGGCACAGUCUGCUGUGAGCGCCGUUCUUGGGAACGUGGGUAGUCUUGCUGUUGAGGAGACCAGUUUCUUAUGCGGGGUCACACUUGAAGUGGCCUUCUUGAAAGAUGAGUUGAUCAGGCUGCAGGGCUACCUUAGAGACGCCGAGAGCAAACGUAGAUCUGGAAUUGAAACAGUUGCUAUCUUGUUGAGCCAGAUCAGGGAUGCUGCAUAUGAGGCUGAGAAUGUCAUCGAAGCUGCAGAUUAUAUGAAGAAGAGAAGCAUGAUCAAGAAGGGCUUCAUGGGAGCAAUUUCAAGGUAUGCUCGCUUACCGAGUGAUUUGACUGCCCUUCAUAAAAUUGGUGUUGAAAUUCAGCGUGUAAGAAGGAAGCUUAGUGAGAUAUUUCAGAGCAUAGACCGCUUGAAAAUUGAUUUAGAUAAUCAGGUUGUGGAUGAUGCUGUAGAAGAUUAUGAUGGCCUUAUGCACCAGCACUGCAAGGAUGAUGUUAUAAUGGUUGGUUUUGAGGACGAGUACAAGGAAAUAGUGGAUAAAUUAGUUGAGGGAGAAAAUAUGCUUAGUGUUGUCUCCAUAGUUGCAAUGGGUGGGGCAGGAAAGACAACACUUGCUAGAAAAGUAUACACUUCAUCUGCAGUGAAACAACACUUUGAGUCACUUGUUUGGGUAACCGUAUCUCAAAAGCUCAAGGUCAUUGAUUUACUAAGGGAAAUUUUGAAGCAAAUACUGAGUGAUAGAGACCAGUCUACAAAAAUUGAUGACAUGAAUGAGUAUGAGGUGGGAAAGAAGAUCCAUGAUAUCCUCGUCAAGAAAAGAUACUUGCUAGUUCUUGAUGAUGUGUGGGAAACAGACACAUGGGAGCAAAUAAAUAGAACAAUUAAGGCCUUCCCAGAUGCAGCGAACUGUAGUAGAGUACUGCUAACCACAAGAAAAGGAGAUGUUGCCAAUCAUGUUGAAAUGCCAACCCAUGUUCAUGCUUUGAGGGGUUUAGAUCCACAGAAAAGUUGGGAACUAUUUAGUAGCAGAGCUUUACCAUCAUACAAAAGAUCAGGCAUACAUGAUCUGGAUAAAUAUGAAGAACUGGGAAGAAAGCUUACAAGGAAAUGUGAUGGAUUACCACUUGCGCUUGCAGUCCUGGGGGGUUAUCUGUCAAGGAACCUCAACACACAAGCAUGGUCCGAUGUGCUACUGUGUUGGCCAUCAACCAAGGACACACAGAUGAUGCGUGGCAUAAUUGCUCGCAGUUACAAGGACUUACCAAAUCACUACAUAAGAUCUUGUUUGCUCUAUAUUGCUGCUUUUCCCGAGGAUUACAUAAUAUCUGUGUCGGUUCUCAUUAAUCUAUGGAUAGCAGAUGGCUUCAUUCCACAUACACCUAGGCAUUCCGUAGAAAAAACAGCUCGUAUGUAUGUAAGUGAGUUGGCUCAACGAAGCUUUGUGCAAGUUGUUCAAACAAGCAUUAUACAUGAAUGUGCCGAGGGAAUAAGGAUUCAUGAUAUCCUACGUGAUUGGUGCAUAGAAGAGGCAGCGCAAGAUGGUUUCCUUGAUGUCAUCCAUGAAACUACUAGUGGACAAGUUGGUGCAUCAUCAUCUCAUAACCAGACAUUCUAUCGUUCUUCUUUCCAAAACAUGAGUGGGCAGAUCUUACACGCAUCACCUAAGCUCAGAGCAUUAUUUGGCUUUGGACUUUCAUCAUCAGUAUCAGUAUCAGUAUCUUUACCUGAGCUAAGGUUCCUAAGGGUUCUUCAUGUCGAGAACUCGAGGAUAGAGAAUUUCUCGGAGGUAAUAGAUUUGUGCAUUCACCUACGACACGUGAGGUUGAGAGUACUUGGAUACACGAUGGUUCCUUCUUCUAUCAGGAAACUCAUUUAUUUGCAAACUAUGGAUGUACCACGUUGUUUGUAUGUAUCAAGCUCCCGCUCCCUCUGGGAUAUACCUACUCUAAGAUAUGUACAUCUUUCUAGUUUUCCUCUGCCAAAGCGUGUCCAAAUUCCGCAGAACCUAGAGCAGCUUAGUAUGUGGGCUGCUGAUGAUGAAAGCGAAAAAGACCCGAUGCCGAUCCUGGAGAUGCUUCCUUGUCUUGUGGUGCUGGAGUUGCAAUAUUAUAAACCCAAGACAAUGUCCUUUGGUGCCCAAGGGUUCCCUCGCCUGCAAGAGUUAAUACUUGAGGGCUGUUCCUUCAACAAGUGGACGAUGGAGGUUGGGACAAUGCCAAAGCUAUCAUUCCUGUCAUUUACAGAUUGUAGGCUGGGGGAAGGAUUCCCUGAUGGAUUACUGCACCUUCCAUCCCUCAGGUUCGUAGCAAAGGUUCUUGCACAAGAUCAUUCUAAUGACAGCACGCUGGAUGGUCUGAGACAGAAAGGAUGCAAGAUCAUAGGGCUGUUCGGAAGAGAAGAAUGCUACUAGUGCCUUUUCUGUUAUUCGAUAUUCUCCCUGCCGGAGAAGAAGAAUAACGCUACUAGUUGAAAGGCAUUUAUGGUCCUUUCAGUGUACGCCCGUGUUCCUGUCAGUUUGGCUGAACCAAUGUGUGAUCAUUUGAGUAUUUCGUAAGUAUUAAAGUGUCUGUACUAUUCCUGUAUUGGGAUUAUCACAAACAAUCAUCAGAUCAUUGAGCAAUC